AUGCUGCGGAAUGCUGUCAACACGGCCAAGAAGGCCGUCACUGAGCUCUCUCAGUAUCCCAAGCCUGGUGAUAAGCUUCACGGCUUUACGCUGCUGCGGACGAAGCACGUGCCGGAACUGGAAUUGACGGCUUUGCACCUUCAACACGACAAGACUGGCGCCGACUACCUGCACAUCGCGCGCGACGACAGCAACAAUGUCUUCUCCAUCGGUUUCAAGACGAACCCGCCGGACGACACCGGUGUGCCCCAUAUUCUAGAGCACACCACCCUCUGCGGCAGCCAGAAGUUUCCCAUUCGCGAUCCGUUCUUCAAGAUGCUGCCCCGGACGCUGUCCAACUUCAUGAACGCAUUCACUGCGUCCGACCACACGUUUUACCCUUUUGCGACAACGAAUGCACAAGACUUCAAGAACCUCAUGUCGGUCUAUAUGGAUGCCACGCUGCAUCCCCUGCUGAAGGAGUCGGACUACACCCAGGAAGGAUGGCGUAUUGGACCCGAGAACCCACAAGCCGCCAGCGGUGAGGAGAGCAACCUAGUAUUCAAGGGCGUCGUUUACAACGAGAUGAAGGGCCAAAUGUCUGACGCCGGCUACUUGUUCUACAUUCGCUUUCAGGACCACAUCUUCCCCGAUAUCAACAACUCGGGCGGCGAUCCCCAGAAGAUCACCGACUUGACCUACGAGCAGCUGCGCAAGUUCCACGCCGAGCACUACCACCCAAGCAACGCCAAGCUCUUCACCUACGGCGACAUGCCCCUGUCUGACCAUCUCCAGGAGGUCAACGCCCAGCUCAGCGCCUUCGAGAGAAUACAGGAGGACAAGACGAUCCACCAGCCCAUCGACCUGUCGUCCGGCCCCAGGGAGGUCACCGCCAAGGGCCCCCUCGACCCCCUGGUGGACCCUGAUAGACAGUACAAGACGUCCGUCUCGUGGAUCAUGGGCGACACCUCUGAUGUUGUCGAGUCCUUCUCACUGGCAUUGCUAUCUACCCUCCUGAUGGAUGGAUACGGAUCGCCGUUGUACCGCGGCCUGGUUGAGGCUGGCCUCGGAACGGAUUUCAGUCCCAACGCGGGAUACGACAGCUCCGCGAAACUGGGCAUCUUCUCCAUCGGACUUACCGGCGUCCAGGAGGCAGACGUGCCAAAGCUCAAAGCCGAGGCCCAGCGCAUACUCCAGGAGGUGCGCCAGAAGGGCUUCGAUAGGACAAAGAUUGAUGGCUCCCUCCACCAGCUGGAGCUGGCGCUGAAGCACAAGACGGCCAACUUUGGCAUGAAUAUGCUGCACAGGCUCAAGCCUAAGUGGUUCACCGGCGUCGAUCCCUUUGACUCGCUGGCGUGGAACGACACCAUUUCGGCGUUUGAGACGCAGCUCGCAAAGGGUGGCUACCUGGAGAGCCUCAUCGAAAAGUACCUCUUAAACGACAACACUCUGUCCUUCACUAUGUCGCCGUCGACCACGUUCAGCGAGGACCUUGUUCGUGAGGAAAAGGAGAGACUGGCUUCCAAGAUCCAGCAAGCAUCACAGCAAGCCGGCAGCGACGAGGCGGCACGCAAGAAGUUUGAGCAACGUGAGCUGGAUCUUCUCGUCGAACAGGGGAAGUCGAACACAGAAGAUCUGAGCUGCCUACCUACUGUCCACGUCAAGGACAUUCCUCGAAGCAAGGAGCCUGUUGUCGUUCGUGACGAGACCGUCAAUGGUGUACAGAUCCAGUGGCGCGAGGCCCCAACGAACGGCUUGACCUACUUCAGGGCUAUCAACGCUCUGGACAACCUCCCCGAUGAGCUGAGAGAGCUGAUCCCCCUCUUCUCCGACAGCAUUAUGCGCCUCGGCACAAGGGAGAUGUCGAUGGAACAGCUCGAGGACUUGAUCAAGCUGAAAACAGGAGGCGUGUCUGUGGGAUACCACUCAACACCUUCUCCCACCGACUUCCACCAGGCGAGCGAGGGUCUUAUCUUCACAGGCAUGGCUCUGGACAGAAAUGUACCCGUCAUGUUCGACAUACUGCGCAAGCUCGUGCAGGAUACCGACUUCGAUAGCCCAGAGGCUGCCCUCCGCAUCAGGCAGCUCCUCCAGGCGUCUGCCGACGGCGUGGUCAACGACAUCGCCUCAUCUGGACAUCAGUAUGCCCGCGGCUUUGCUGAGGCUGGGCUGACCCGCAACGCUUGGCUCAGACAGCAGAUCGGCGGCCUCUCGCAGGUCAAGCUCGUCACGGCGCUUGCCAAUCGUCCCGAAACGGAUGGCCUGGCGGACGUCAUUGACAAGCUCAAGCGGAUUCAAAAAAUCGCGCUUUCAGGUGGUAACUUCCGCACAGCACUCACCUGCGGGGCCGAAAGCACGGGCGCCAAUCUCAGCGCGUUGACUAGCUUCAUGUCGACGCUCCCCAACGACCAGCCGUCGCUGCCGGCGUUCAAGCCUGCCGCUCUACAGAGGAACAUCAAGUCCUUCUUCCCGUUGCCGUACCAGGUCUAUUACGGUUCGUUGGCCGUCCCUACGGUUUCGUACACGUCUGCAGAUGGAGCGCCGUUGCAGAUUCUGGCGCAGCUCCUUACCCACAAGCACCUCCAUCAUGAGAUUCGCGAGAAGGGCGGCGCCUACGGUGGCGGAGCGUACUCGCGCGGAUUGGACGGUCUGUUUGGCUUCUACUCCUAUCGCGACCCCAACCCCCAGAACACGCUGUCUAUCAUGCGCAAUGCCGGCCAGUGGGCCAGAGAUAAGGCGUGGACUGAACGUGACCUCGAGGAGGCCAAGAUCUCGGUGUUCCAAGGCGUAGAUGCGCCGCAGUCGGUAAACGCCGAGGGCAUGGGUCGGUUCCUUUCCGGCAUCACGGAGGAAAUGAAGCAGAAACGUCGCGAGCAACUCCUCGAUGUUUCCAAAGACCAGGUGCGCGAUGUUGCGCAGAAGUACAUCGUCGACGCCUUGAAGAAGGAGGAGGAGCGCGUGACCUUUCUGGGCGAGAAGCGGUCGUGGGUGGACGGCAACUGGAAGCUCCACGAAAUGGACAUCAACGGUGCCGAGUAG